GAUCAGAGAGAAAGAGAGAGAGAGAAAGAGCACGAGCGAGGAGAGGUGCCGGAGAGGACCGGAAAAGCAGCGCGGCGCGGCCAAGUAUAAUAUCGGGGUGAGAGCGGGACGUCGCGGACGCCUCGCGCGGUAAGCGCCUGGUCGCCUGUCGUGUGUCGUGUGUCGUGACCGUGAUCGUGAUCGUGAUCGUGUCGUGGUGUCCGUGCGCGGUGAAGUUAGCCGAAGUGCCGAACCCCGCAGCAGUCUCGCUCGCUCCCGCAGUAGUCCGUCCCGUCCGCGUCGCCUCAAGGACGGCCAACUUCACGCGCUUCUCGCGACCAUCGGUAUAUUCCUCGCGUCGGGAUUCGUCGCCGUCGUCGUGGUCGUCGUGGUCGUCGUGGUCGUCGUCGUCCUUGCCCCCGUUUUUCGUCCUCGUCAGUCGCACGGCUUUCCUCCGCCGUUCGUUCUACACCGGUUAGGUACACGAGGGUGGAAAGACUCGACCGCGAUCCGGGCGGAUUGCCGAGGGAGGACACGCGAUCUCGUCGUGAGUUGCUGCCGCGCUAAUUGCCACUGACUGCUGCCUGCCACUGUGACAGCGGGACAGUAUGGCGGGACAGACGAUCAACGACAGGCUGUUGGCCGCAAGGCACAGCAUCGCCGGCCAGGGCCUCGCCAAGUCCGUCUGCAAGGCCACCACGGAGGAGAUGAUCGGGCCCAAGAAGAAGCAUCUCGACUAUUUAAUUCAUUGCACCAAUGAGCCGAACGUCUCCAUACCGCAGCUUGCUAAUCUCCUGAUAGAACGCUCACAGAACACAAACUGGACGGUAGUCUUUAAGGCCCUGAUCACCGUGCAUCACAUGAUGUGCUAUGGCAACGAGAGGUUCACGCAGUAUCUCGCGUCCAGCAAUAGUUCGUUUCAGCUCAACAAUUUCCUUGACAAGAGCGGUGUACAAGCAGGAAUACGCGUGGGAUAUGACAUGUCGCCCUUUAUCAGGCGUUACGCCAAGUAUCUCAACGAGAAGGCUCUCUCCUAUAGGACGGUAGCGUUCGACUUUUGCAAAGUGAAAAGGGGGAAGGAGGACGGCACUCUACGCACAAUGAACGCCGAGAAACUCCUGAAAACUUUGCCGGUGUUGCAGUCGCAACUUGAUGCACUGCUGGAAUUUGAUUGCACGGCUAACGACCUCACGAAUGGCGUCAUAAACAUGGCCUUCAUGCUCCUCUUUCGAGAUCUUAUCCGGUUAUUCGCCUGCUAUAAUGAUGGCAUCAUUAAUCUGUUAGAGAAAUAUUUCGACAUGAACAAGAAACAGUGUCGGGACGCUUUAGAUCUUUACAAGAAGUUCCUUAUACGCAUGGACAGGGUCGGGGAAUUUUUGAAAGUCGCGGAAAAUGUUGGCAUCGAUAAAGGAGACAUACCAGAUCUGACGAAGGCACCGAGUAGUUUAUUGGAUGCCUUGGAGCAACAUCUCGCUUCCUUGGAAGGAAAGAAGGGCUCCGCCGCCAACACACCGACGCAGUCAGCAAGCAGCAAUAGAACCAAUGUAAAGUCGGGAGUGUCCGCCCUGUCUUCCACCAGUACCGCGUUCGGAACAGCAGCCAGCAAUGCGCGACUCGAGCAAACCGGGAAUGGCCAUAUUGAUGAAGCGUUACGACAGCAAGCUCUCGCGGAAGAGGAAGCCGCCAUGAAUCAAUACAAGGCAAAAGUACAAUCGCCAUCAGGUACUAGCACGAAUCCCUUCCUCAGUUCGCCGACCAAUAACGCUAAUCAACCGAUCGUGGACUUAUUUGGUGCAACAUCAACUGAAAACCAGCAAUCCCAAAAGGCAUCGGAUGAUUUACUACAGCUGCAGGGCAAUCCGUUCGCGAACAUGUUCGGAGCGCAACCGGCGGUGACCGCGCAGCCCGCCGCUCAGAUGCAGAACAACAUGUGGAUGACCAACGGUACUGGUUUCGCGCCAACUGCGUCACCAGCAAAUAAUAACUUUGUUACAGAUAAUAGUUUUUCCUCCGUAUUCGGAAAUCAAGAUCAACAAUCUACUGGCGCCCCAGGAACGGCCGCGUCCGUACCUAAUCCCUUCAUGUCCGAUUUCCCGUCCCUCGGUACCACUGGCGGUCAACAGGCGAUGAAUGCGAGUGCCUUCGGGCUCUUCGAUCAGAAUGCCGGCGGUGUUGUUGGCGGCGAAUCGGUGCAGGCGGCGCAAACGGGGACGGUGUCAGCGGGAGACCUUUUCAGUGCCGGUCAAGCGGAUCUCUUCGGGGGUGAUGGGUCCGCCGCCGCUACCGCGAUCGGCGGCGACGGGGAUGCUGCGGCGGCCGAGGUGGUGGCGUCGGCGGUGCCUCCCGCCGUCGGCAGAUCGUCCACAGCUACGCCGCCACCUAGACCACCGCCACCCGCGACCGCCGUUGCUGCCGCGAACGGUGCCGCACCGCGUGCAAUGUCUCCGAUCCACGGCGGUGGAGCGUCACAUGGUAGGCCAGCGGUGGCGACGGCACCAACGGCGGCAGCGGUCCCAGCCUCUUCCGCCGGCAAGAGCGCCUUCGACGAUCUUAACGAUAGUAUUCGCAUGGCACUGGGUGGGUCUCCAUCGCGGCCGGCUCCCAUGGGCCAACAGCAGCAGGCUGCGAUGGCCGCUCAACAACAGCCGCUGCAAAUGCCGCCGACAGCGGCGGCGGGCGUCGGUAUGUUUGGUAUGAACGACCCCGUGACCGGGCAACCCAUGAUGGCCGGCGUGCCGAUCGUCGGCUAUGGUAUCCCUACCCAAGUUCCCGUGGGGUACGGUUCGCCGGCAAAGCAGCCGAUGUCAGCUGCGGGACAACCGGUCGGUGCAGCCAAUACUGGCAAGGUCCUGACCGGAGAUUUGGAUAGCAGUCUAGCUAGCCUCGCGCAAAAUUUGUCCAUUAAUAAGAGCGCGCAACAGCAAGUCAAAGGAAUGCAGUGGAACUCACCGAAGAAUGCUGCGAAAACGGGCGGUCCAGCUGGCGGUUGGUCACCGCAACCAAUGGCAGCAACUACUGGUGCUGGAUAUCGGCCCAUGGGUCAAGGAAUGACGCAACUGCUACCUACGACCACCACGACUAUAGGUUUUCCCUCGCAGCCUGCAAUGAUGGGUAUGCAAGGUAUGCCGAUGGGCAUGCAGGGUAUGCAGGGUAUGCAGGGUAUGCAGGGUAUGAGGCCGAUGAUGUGUACUAUCCCAGGUGCUUCCACCGCCGGUGGCGGUAUGAUGGUUACGGGAGCAGCCGCGCCUAUGAUGGCCAUGCCUGGCGCGAAUCCCAUGAUGGCUGGCUCUAAUUUGCAGCAACAGCAGCAGCCUCAGCCUCAACCUGCUGCAGCAGCUCAGCCACAGGGCAAUGCUGUCCAACUCGAUCCCUUUGGUGCUCUGUGAAGGGAUUAGGAUUCCAAAUGGAAUUAAGAAGACGGAGCGACAUUUGUAAAUAGCGUGUAAUAUGCCUAGAAAGAAAAGAAACAAAGCUAAUGUGUCCCGCUUUUUUUCUGUUAGGCUCAAUCAAUCUUGGAUCAUUGAUUGUCACUCGAAAAUCGUCUCACUACGAAUAGGAUCAGCAAAUUGUAUCAUAUUUCCUGUAAUAUGCUCGGCGAGUAUGCAUAACACGUGUUAUUCCGAUAUAGCGUCCUUCCCACAAGCAUUGUAAGGUUAAAUGUUGCGUUUAAGUGAAUAAUCUGUCUACUUUUUUAUGUGAAAAGGGACAAUUUGAGUCUGAAUUAACUUUGAUCGAUGCUCGCGGGAAUUGCGCAUAGACAGGGCGCUUUUCUCCGCCUUGAAGCCCGUAGCUGGGCAUAAUUAUGUAGCUUAGAUGAGAGUUGUUCAGAAACGCGAAUUGCGUUUAGAAUGACACGAACGCAUGCGUUGAAUUUUCCUGGUGAGGAUUAACUGUGAUAGUACCGCGCCGUGUGCCGCGCUGAACAGUUUUUCUUCGUUGAUACGUCGCGAGUAAGCCUAUUGUCGAAGAUGCAUUUUCUAAGUUCGAUGAAAGAUUUCCGUAAUUACAUAGCGAUAUUUAGGUACGACUUAGUUUUUACAUUGGGGGUGAGAGAGAUUGUAUAUUCGAUAUAGCGAGGUCGGUAAGAGCGCAUUAUCGAAUACAGUGAGAAGAUUUGCUUCGUUAUGGUUCUAAACGUAUUCGCGUUAGAUUAUAUACACGUAGCUGACGAUUGCACGUACUAAUGUCCGCGUUAAACAUUGAAGAAGCCGGUUAGGCGUAAGACAAGGCGAAAGAAAAAAAAAUCGAAAUAGAAAUUCGCAUCGGGCAUAUCCUCUUAUAUUGUAAUAUAAUAUAUAUAUGUAUAUUGUUUUGUGAAUGUACGGAUAUGUGGUUUCGGGAUAAUACGAAGAAGAAAGGGAGAGAGAGAGAAAGAGAGAGAGAGAGUUUUGAGAUAAUUUUUUCGUCAAAGUAUUAAAUAUUAAAUACGAUAAAGAUAAUUGAUAUAAAUAUCACACACAAUAUAAAUAUAUAUAUACAUACAUAUAUAUAGAGAGAACAAUGAAACGAAUAGGUGGAUUCAUUAAAUGUUCUUUAUCUGUAUACUGUUCGUGAAUAUCUUAAUUAGAUAGAUAACGAAGUAUAUUAAACGAGUUAAGGCCAGGACGCUGACGCAACAUUUACGAAUACAACAUGAAUCUACGUGAUUCAAGCACGGUACUAUUGAUGCAGUCAAUAUCCCGUUGCGGGCGUACCGUUUUGGGAAUUUUCAUCGGUACACCCUCGAUUCCCGUCAAAUUAUAAAUGUUAUAACCAGAAGAUGAAAUCUCUAUUGAUAUAUAGCGUGUAUAUUGUAUAACCAAUCGAUUAUUUAUCCGCGAUUGCUUGAAUUUGGAUCUGAACUGCGGGGCCGAAAGACGAGAGAAAAGUAAGGGAAGGGGAGCAAAUUAGAAUCCAUAUAGCGACGAUAUUGUACGCAGCGUGCGCAGUGCUAGUCGAUAGAAACCUAAUCUUGUAAAAGAUUGCAACGAGACACGAUCUCUCGCAAGUGAUUGACCAAAUUGUAUGGUAGGUGAUUUUUAGUUCUCUUUAUUAGAAUGAUAUUUUCGUUUUGGCCUCGCACACAUUAUCGGAUUAGUGCUUAUUGGUCGCGUAUUAUCGCAUGUAUAUGCUCUCGCCUUUAGUAUUUUUUACAUUUUUUUCCCGUUCAGUUUCUCCUAUUUAUUCUCUUUCUAAUGCUAUGUCUCUCAUGCUCGAAAAGGAUUGAUAAAGCCAAUUUUGCUAAUGCGGAUUAGCUUAGCUCACUUUCAAUUUUUUUUUCUAGAUUAUGAUAUCUGUACUGAUACAGUGAUGAAGGAUCUAGUUGAUCAUGAUUAAUGCUAGACAACAUUAGCGGAAUUGAUCCUUCGAGAGACUGUAGCUAAUAUUGUAGAUACUGAGUUUUUAUAUCGAUCAUGAUUUUUAUGGCAAUAUUUUUUACCGCUCUUAGCGUUUUUUUUUUAAGAGUAUAAUACUGUAUUAAUUACUUUUUCAUUCUCCUCGUGUCGAGGAUCUUUAGUUCCGUCAGCGCGUACGUAUAUCGAUGAGUAUAAAUAGAAUGUAUACAUAUAUUGAUAGGAGAUAGUUGAGAGAAAGUUUUCCGAGUGUAGUCAAGGGGAAAGAAUUAUAUUUCUGUAAAGCUGGUUCGUAUGUGAAGUGAGAAAAAAGUUAGCAGCGUCAUUCGGGCGGAUGCAGAUGCAGAUGCGAGGUGGAGGAAGCGGCCAGAUAUAUCCUCAGGCUUGGUAUCAACGAAUCGCUUCCCCUUUCCUUCAUCGAUGUACAUUUCCGUUUUUCGUUCGUCCGCUCUCUCGAUUGAUUUCACACUUCGCGUAGUAUUCGGGAUGUAUUUUUGUAUAAUAUAACAUGUGAACGUAUAGAAUCUGCUCUGAGCGUUAACCGGCCGCCGCCGCGGAGACAGUUAGUCUGUAAAAUCGGUAGCUACGAGUCGAGCUUCGACCGCAGAGAUCUUCGCGCGAAUUCUUCAAGGGUCGCCGGUAGCUCUAGAACGGUGACGCGAGUCGAUGCGAUUAUUAUCAAUAUUAAUAUUAAAAUUACUAUCAUUAAGUAUUAGGAUAUAAUAUCAUUGGUAAUGUUAAUGUAUUAUCACUAAAUUAAUGAUCAAAGAAAGAAGAAUUUGUGCGUCGUUUUGUCACAUAUAUAUUUAGAAGAAUUCUCUUUUUUAGCAAUAGUGUAAUUGAAAUAUAUUGUGAAAGUACAUGCAUUCUGGCUUCAACGCAUGCUGGAUUCACAAGCAGAUUUAAUUUAUCAUUUUUAUCUGCGAAAGACGCACGAUAUUCUUCAUUUACCUCAUGCAGUCAUUCGUAUAUCGAAUUGAACUGUUCUAAUAAUUAAAAUACCUCUUUCGCGCUUUAUCACGUUGUACAAUAUUACUCUCGAUUAUUCGCCUCUUUAUUUUUUUUUCCCCGUUUGAGAUCGACAUCGCGCCUAAAGCUACCGGCAACUGAGUGCAACAGGACAAUAUUACGUAUAUAUUAUUAUCGUAUUAUAGGAAGGUGUGAAGACGAGAUAAUCCAACUGUAUUCUAUCUCUUUCGCUGUAAACUAGGAAGAUAUUCUUGUCGCAACUUACCGGCCCGUACAGUUUAGGUAAAGCCUCCCGGCCGCGUAAGGAUACACACUGUACAUUGUACGCUGUAUAUUAUUAGUAUUUAUGGAAGGGAUUAUUUAUCGAAAGUAAAACGACCGACCAGAGAGCUAGUAUCCCGGGAGUGAGAAAGAAAGAGAGAGAGAGAUAGAGAAAGUGAAAAAUCGACACCACAUCGUAGUUUUUUUCAUUGCAAUCUAGUAGAGAUGCCUUGUUGUUGCUCCAAGAACGGCUUGUCGCGCUUCUCGUUUUCUCCUGAGAGAAAGAGAGGGAAAGUUUAGAGUUUCCGAGAAAAGGUUUUGCUGUUAUUUAGUUUUAACAUUUAUACUGUUGCAUGUGCAUGUAUAUAUAAAUAUAUAAAGCGAUCAGAACAUAAAGUUCAUUAAUCAUGAGGCGAGGCAGUAAUUUUGAUUCAGAGAAUUAUUUUGAGACACGCGUACACACGCGCGCACGUGCUUGAUGAUUUGCAAAAAUCGGUCAAGUGUUACGAAAAUUAUUUGUAAAGUUAUAUUUAUUUCAUAAAUACACACAAUUCGUGCACAAUCUUCUGUAAUGUAAUAUAUAAGUUACCAAAUUUGUUAUAUGCCUUGUUUUUUCUCCUUUCUUUUUCUCUCUCUUUCUCUCUUUUUCUCUCGUUAGACUUUUUUGUUAUAUAUAUAUUUUUUUUAGAAACUCAACAAGUUUUUUUAGGACUUUAGGAAUUAAUUGUAAUUUUGAAUGGAUAAUUGUAAAUAGAAAAUUAUUGCUCGAAUUUAUUUACGUUGUAAAUCGAGCGGCUGACAAGUCAAAACGUAAAACGUCUGAUAGAAACAAAGCAAGUGCGAACAUUCGUCAUCGAAGCGAGAAUUCGUCUACUUCGUAAUGAUAUUAUGCGAUAUACGUGUGCGUAUGUAUUAUUAUUUGUCGAUCAUAUUAUUCGCGGCGCCAAUAAUUAGUGGCUGAAUUUGCACGACUGUCCAUCGCCGAUUAAUACGAUUUUAAUAACUGGGCAGAAAUCGAUCUGGGAUCGUGUGAGUGCGCAAUGACGAGCCGACAAUGCCUUCUCGUUGUACAAAUAUCGAGGGUGAUAAAGGAGUGAAAGGAAAUCAUAAACCGCGAUUGUGGUGUCAGAGUAUCUCUUUGGCGAUGUGUAGCUUUAUAAGAUUCGAACACAAAUCAGCAUAGUCUUCGCUGUAAUAGGGGAAAAAAAAUGAAAAGAAAGAAUAUAUGUAGAGAUUCGUAGAUAGUGCAAAGAAGAUUAUAUAUAUAAAUAUAUGGUAUAUGUGUGCUACAUACACACACCAAAUUAAUGUAGUGCGUGUGUAGCAUGCGAAGCAUAAUCGAAUGACGAUUAAAGUCACGAUUUGGACGAGACUGACUUGUGAGAUAAAUCUAAUGAAGAUAGCCAGAGAGUUUAAUUAAUAUAAAUUAAGUGAUGAAUUAGCGAUUAAUAAAUAUAAUUCAACAUUUAUUAUAUUAUGUAUCUCUUUGAAUAAAUUGUACAUAUUUCAGAAUUAUGAGACAUCUUUUUAAACAUUAUAAAAAGUAAAUUAAUGAAAAUUAUCGCCGAUUCCAACGUAUCUAUUAUGAAAUUGAUCGACAUAUUUUUUUCAUAAAUUAAUUCUUUAAAGAAUAAGAAUAAUAAAUCUUACAUUUCAAUUAAUCUUUAAUUGUAUUUUAAGAAAAUUUAAUUAGUUGGUGGAUUUGAAAAAUAAGUUUUAUAAAUUUAUUUGUUGAGUCUAGAGAAUUUAUAAUUUAUUAUUUUGAAAUUUAGAGAAUUUUAAAUUCAUUAUUUAGAAAUUAUUUUAAAUUUAUAUCUGUCUGAAUAGUAUCUCAUGAUUCUGUAAAAAUCAAGCGUUAACAAAGAUGUAACUGCGACUUUGUUGUUUGUUAUAGCAUUAUCUUCAAUGCAUGUAAUAUUGACUUUUUUUGACAUUGCAAUUAUUCCACAAGCAGACUAAUUAGGAGAAAAAAGAUAUUUCUUCUAGCAUUGUCUACGAAAACAUGCAUUGAAACAUUUGUCUCGCUAUUGUCUCGUUCGAGUUUGAUGACCGUAGUCGUCAUGUGACCGCCUGCUUUCAUGUUCGACCACGCAAACACGUGCUUGGCGAUGAUCAAGGGCAAGCGCAAAUUAUAUCAUUAUCCUGCGUUCAAACAAUAACGAAAGGGACCGCUCUACUUUCUAUAGUGUACCCGGCGUUUAAGGUAGUUCGCGACGUUAUUGGAUUAGAGAGGUAUAUACGAGAAACGAUUUUGCUUCCGAGCGUUGGAGGGGUUCAGCUUGAAGAGUCUUUUAUUCCGCUUACUCAUCCCUACGUAGCGUGUUAUCGAGGGGAACGGCGGAGAGCAACGAUAAGGAUCGAGAGGCAACAGGUUCUCGCUACACGGAACUUAUUUAUCAGCGAGAAAAAAAACCGAUGUAAUCUCGGAAAAUUCGAAUACCGAUGCUGCACAAUCGCCUGAGAUUGAUCUCCGUCUUGAUUCGUGUUUAGAAAAACGCAAUGAGACACGUAUCUCCACGCAAGCAUUGUAAAAAUUCGAUCUCUCUCCCGAGAUUACAUCGGUUUUCGAUAUCCGCUAUUUAUGCUUCAAGUUCGGUGUAUUCGUUAUACGCGCGCUCCGAGAGUUUUUAAUUAUUAAGACCGCGCGCGCCGAGUUAAGUUUGGCAUGUUUUUUUUUACUUUGCGUGAAGCGCAACGUGAAUAGCAUAAAAUAAUGUUAUGUCUAGUGAACGGGACGUCUUGAGAAUGGCGUGAGUGGAUCGCCGCAGAAAAAACACAUUCCAGAAAGCGUUUUUCCUCCAUUUUGCGGCAAGCGCACGGUUCGGUGCACGUGUUAUACGUUAAUUAAUUUUUGCGAAUCAAACCUCUAGCAUGCCAUAAUCUCGUUUCGUUCCGUUUUUUUUACACCCUUCCUCAUCCACCCUCAAGUGCAAAUAAUGCAAACGAUAUCGAACGAUGUUUAACGUUUGAUGUCUGCGUAUAUAAUGGUAAUAAUCGUUGCUGUAGAUUCUCUGUCGAGAGAUGAUAUACUUAUAUUGAAUUAUUAUUUACGAUUAUUAUUUACGACAUACUUUAUAUUGUAUUAUUAUUAAUGCCAAUUACACACUGCAGAUAUGUUGUUGUAAUAUUUACUAUGUAGCACAUCAAUGGCGUUUAAUAGAGAAUAUUUAUUGAAAUUAUUUACCAUAAAAA